ACUGAUUAUCAAUUCACUGAUAAGCUCACACUGCCUGCCCAACUCAAUUCAUCGCAACUUCUUCUCCCUGCUUUUUUUUGCCAUGAAUUCGACGGUGGCUUCCCGUUUCUCAUGGGGACUCAUUCUGGCGUCGAUCGAUUUUUUGGCGUGCCUACUGUUCGCCUGCCUGCAUGAUGGAACUUUCAAAUUCGCGAAUUUUACUUCGCAAUUUGGCGAUUUUUCGUUUUUUACGAGCACAAUCGACCUAUUCUUGCUGCAAUUUUUCCGUUUUGCACUAUGGAUGGUGCCGGCGGCAAUCCACGUGGCCAACAAGGCGGACACGUUGACAAUGUGGAAAGAGCCAAUUUUCUGCUCGGCACUGCUCAUCUGCGCGGCGAGCCCCACAAAAUUGCUCCUCCUCACAGAAAAGCUGAAGCCCGAUGAGUUCCUCACUUUCGGCGACACUGCCUUCCUUGUCUGGAAUUUCAUUUCCGCGAUCAUUUUGAACUCCUCGUGGACAAGAUACUUCUCGCGAACUCCGUCUUCAUAUAUAAUUCUGGAGGAUGAGGAUCUCGAGGUGGCUCCAAAACAAACGUUUGAGCUUAUUUUCCGCCUGCUCCAAUACUGCAAACGUGAAUGGCUCUGGCAUAUUUCCGGAUUCUCGUGGCUCUUUAUUUAUUCGAUCACCCGUAUCUUCGUUCCCUAUUACACGGGACAAGUCAUCGCUACCGUGGUCGCCACAAAAUCGUACCCAGCCCUCUCCAACGCUGUCUACAUCAUGACAAUCAUCUCGUUGGUGAGCGCUGUCGCCGCCGGAUUCCGUGGAGGAUCCUUCGAGUACGCCUACGCAAGGAUCCAGAGGGCAAUCCGCUACGAUUUGUUCCACGGACUCGUGAAACAGGAUGUCGCUUUCUAUGAUGCUCACAAGACCGGAGAGGUGACUUCUCGUCUGGCUGCUGAUUGUCAGACUAUGUCGGAUACAGUUGCGUUGAAUGUUAACGUUUUCCUCAGAAACUGCGUUAUGCUCCUUGGAUCGAUGAUCUUCAUGAUGAAGCUUUCGUGGCGCCUCUCCCUCGUCACAUUCAUCCUCGUCCCAAUUAUCUUCGUCGCCUCCAAAAUCUUCGGAACAUAUUAUGAUCUCCUCUCCGAAAGAACACAGGACACAAUUGCCGAGUCCAAUGACGUUGCCGAGGAAGUUCUCUCCACAAUGCGUACAGUCCGAUCCUUUUCCUGCGAGAACGUCGAAGCCGAUCGCUUCUACGGGAAGCUCACCCACACACUUGAUGUCACCAGAACCAAGGCGAUCGCCUAUAUCGGAUUCCUCUGGGUCUCCGAACUUUUCCAGUCGUUCAUCAUUGUGUCAGUCCUCUGGUAUGGAGGCCAUCUAGUGCUCACCCAGAAAAUGAAGGGAGAUCUUCUAGUGUCAUUUUUGUUGUAUCAAAUGCAACUCGGAGAUAAUCUUCGUCAAAUGGGAGAAGUCUGGACAGGAUUGAUGCAAUCUGUUGGAGCAAGUCGUAAAGUGUUCGAGUACAUUGAUCGAGAGCCCCAGAUUCAGCACAACGGGGAGUAUAUGCCGGAGAAUGUUGUUGGAAAGAUCGAGUUCAGAAAUGUUCACUUCAGUUAUCCAACUCGUUCCGAUCAGCCAAUCCUUAAGGAUCUCUCGUUUACCGUUGAACCAGGAGAGACUGUCGCAUUGGUUGGACCAUCUGGCUCUGGAAAGUCUUCGUGCAUUUCUUUGCUUGAGAACUUCUACGUCCCGAAUGCUGGACAGGUUUUGGUGGAUGGAGUUCCGUUGGAAGAAUUCGAGCAUCAUUAUAUUCAUAAGAAGAUCGCCCUUGUCGGCCAGGAGCCCGUCCUGUUCGCUCGUUCUGUGAUGGAAAAUGUCAGAUACGGUGUCGAAGUGGCGGAUACGGAAAUCAUUCGCUCUUGUGAAAUGGCGAAUGCUCACGGAUUCAUUAUGCAAACCACGUUGAAAUACGAAACAAACGUCGGAGAGAAGGGAACACAAAUGUCCGGUGGUCAGAAGCAACGUAUCGCAAUUGCUCGUGCUCUUGUUCGUGAGCCAGCGAUUCUCUUGUUGGAUGAAGCCACGUCGGCGUUGGACACCGAGUCCGAACAUCUUGUUCAGGAAGCGAUUUAUAAGAAUUUGGAUGGAAAGAGUGUCAUUUUGAUUGCACAUCGAUUAUCGACUGUUGAGAAGGCUGAUAAGAUUGUGGUUAUUAAUAAGGGAAGAGUCGAACAAAUCGGAAAUCACGAAACCCUACUGAAGGACACCAACGGAACCUACGCGAAGCUCGUUCAACGCCAAAUGAUGGGAGAUCAGAAGCCACGUAAACGGCCGGCGGUCGCCAGAUCGGGACCUCAGCCAGCCGCGUCAAUCAACGUGGCAGGACCAUCGCAGGGUAAUGCAAUGUCCCUGUUGUCGACGUCUUUCAGCCAAUCUGCCAGUAGUGUUACUUCUCAUUAAUUGUUUUUUCUUCUUGUUAAUUGGCAAAAUAUUAUGAUGAACUUGUUGGGUUGAUUAAUUUGUAAGAAUAAAGUAUACAAUUAUUCAUUCA